AUGUCCAAGUUCACCCCCACUCCACAAGAGGUCGCGCUCAUCAACGCCAUCUUCGCCCAGGCCGACACACAGAAACUCAAUGUUGUUACUGGCGACGCUGCCGUCAGGAUAUUCAGCGGGUCCAAGCUCUCCCCAACCGUUCUCGCUCAGAUCUGGAGCAUUGCUGACGAAGACAACAACGGUGUCCUUACUCGCAAGGGUGUUGGCAUCGCCGUGCGCCUUCUAGGCCAUGCGCAGCGCGGUGAGAAUGUGGAAGAGAGUCUAGCGUACCAACCCGGUCCGAUACCUAGCAUCGAGGGCCUUCCCGCCGUCGCGGCACCUUCAAGCCUGAACGCCCGGGCCAAGUCCCCAGUCACUGGCUUCCCACCUCUCUCACCUGCAGACAAGGCCAAGUUUCUCAAGCUUUUCUUGGGCUGCCAUCCACAGAACGGGGUCCUCAAUGGCGAGAAGGCGAGAGACGUGUUCGUUAAGUCCAAAUUACCUGUGGACAAGUUGUCACAGAUUUGGAAUCUCGCCGACACGAAGAAUCGUGGCUCCCUUGAUGCUACCGACUUCACGAUAGCAAUGUAUCUCAUCCAAGCAUCCAUGUCUGGUCAGCUCCAGCAGAUUCCUGCGACACUACCCCCCUCCCUUUACGAACAAGCUAUGAACGGUAUCGUACCUCAGGCUACAGGCGACAGCGGGCACACAAGUCCAUCACUCACUGGCGGCUUCCCGAACCGUCCUCUGCAACAACAAUACACUGGACAGACACUCUCCCAGAUGCAGCCGCAAAUGACUGGCCAAACCCUGUCGCAGAUGCAACCGCAAAUGACUGGCCAAGCCCUCUCCCAGAUGCAGCCUCAAACGACCGGUCCUCUCAGGAAUGCCCCGCCGCCCCCACCACCACGAGGUGCACCUUCUGGCUCGAACUUCCCUUUCGCCGCGCCGCAGUCUCCCAACGUUCAGUGGGACGUUACUCCUCAAGAGAAGGCUAGUGCGGACCGUAUCUUCGAAAGUCUGGAUACCCAGCAGAGAGGAUAUAUCGAAGGCGAUGUCGCUGUACCGUUCAUGUUACAGUCCAAGUUGCCUGAAGACGUGUUGGCUCAAGUCUGGGACCUUUCCGACCUCAACAACGACGGCCGGUUGACCCAUGACGGCUUCGCAGUCGCCAUGCAUCUGAUCCAAGGCAAAAUGGCCGGCGUCGACAUUCCAACGACCAUCCCGCCGACUCUCAUCCCGCCUUCCAUGCGUGGUUCCACCGCUCCUCAACAACCACAGAUGUCCGAGACUAUGCGAGACCUACUUUGGGACGACUCCCCUCCGGCGUCAGCCACCGCUCCUACUCAUCCCACGUCGAUCCUGCAGCCUCAGUCUACUGGCAUGAUGCAGCCCCAGUCUACAGGAAUGAUGCAACCACAGUCUACUGGCGUGAUGCAGCCACAGUCCACCGGUAUUUUGCAGCCGCAGACCACCGGUCAUAUGUCUAUGAUGUCCCAAGGUCGUUCGACACCGACCAUGUCUCCUCCACCUCGAGUUCCAUCUGCUGCCGUUUCCGAUCCGUUCGCGAACAGUCCAUUCGGUGUACCUAGCACAUCAUCUCCUGCGCAUGAUCUCCUUGGCGAUGACGACGACGUCGCAGCGCGAGUAGCUCCGCUCCAGGACAAAUCUGCAGAGAUCGGGAACGUCAAGAAUCAGUUGGCUUCCACCAACCGUUCCUUAGAGGCUGCUCAAAGCGAACGCGCCAACCCCGAGCGUCAGUUGACGGAGCAAGCUGCCAUGCUUUCCAGCCUUCAAAGUCAACUCUUAUCGUCGAAAGCGGCUUAUGACACCGAAACGAAGCUUCUGGCAGCCCUCAAAGAACGCUUCGCCACCCAGAGCGCGGACAUCCAGAAGACCCGAGAGGAGCUCAUUCAUUCUGAAAGCGACCUCAGCGCGUUCAAGGUGGAGAAGGCUGAGAUUGAGGGCGCUCUCCUUCGUGACAAGGAAGAAGUUCGGGAGUUGCAACGAAAGAUGACCGAGACGGGAAUGAGCAUCGAGACCACGAAGGCUGAGGUCGAGAAGAUGAAGAAGGAGGCGAAGCAACAAAAGGGACUGCUUGCCAUUGCAAAGAAGCAGCUUGCUACCAGGGAGGCUGAGAAGGCCAAGAUCGACAAAGAACUGGAGGACGCGAGGGGGGAGCUGCAGACUGCCACCGCGGAACGUGAGACUGCUGAGGCUGAGGUCGCCGCAGUCCCGCUCGCAAACGGUCAUGUCUCUGCCGCUGCGAGCCCAGAUCCCACUCUGGCCUUUGCCGCUGCCCUGCCGUUGCCGACUUCUCCAGAAAUUUCCCCACCUGCCUCGACUAGCAAGAGCACCAAUCCCUUCGAGCGGCUGGCCAUGUCGGGCACUCCUCGGUCAGAGUCCCCCUUCCUUCCGUUCACCACUUCGUCAACUCUCCCAACCCCUGUUGUGCAUGAAACUCCCGCGGUCCCCGCUGCCAGUAUCGAUCCUUUUGGAUUUGACCAGGCGUUCGUCCCUAUCCCAACGGAGUCCAAGCCUGAGGAGCUCGUCCCCGAGACGCCGAAACCUUCUGUGCCGCCGCCUCUUAAUCUCGGAUCGCCCAGUGCACAAGAGAUCAUUUCUCCUGCCGACACCGAGGCCGACCUCUUCACAACACCCCCGAGUACCGCGACUGCUUCCCACCACACGUCGCCCCAACCGAGCGAGGCUGGGCAAUUCCCUGCGCUGGAGGACAUCGUCACCGAUGACAUUGCGCCCACUCCUACAGGCCCCUCCGCAUCCACGCCUCUCAGUGGCCACGAGGAUACUGAUCUCGCCCACCAGUUGAAGGAAAUCGAAGAGUCGGACAGCGACGACAGCAGCGACGACGACGACGACGACAACGAGCCGCUGACCUCAGUUGCGGCGAAGCUGACAGAGCAAGCUGAACCCCAGACAAACGGAGCUUCGGUCACCACAGAUACUUCUGCCUUCGAGGAUUCCUUUGGUAUCUCAAUCUCGAAGGAGGAGAAUGACGCGUACAAGCAGGCGUCUCCUCCCUUGCCGGUAGCCUCGCCUUCGUCCACUGCGGCUAACGACUUUGAAAGUAUGUUUGAGACCCCUGCUGUGGCCAAGGAAGCCCCUCCGUCAGCCACCAUUCCCGCCAUGGCCGCCACUCCGAACAUUAACGGCACUGCGGUUCCUUCGGCUGGUGUUAACGAGUUCGAUCAGGCACUGGCCAAGCUUCCAAGUAUGGAGAGCAGCACGGCUUCGUCUCAGUUCACGGGGUUUGGGGGGUUUGAUUCGGCCUUCGACGACAAUUUCGACUUCGCUGCUGCAUCUGCAGCCCAGCCCAUCGUGGAUGCCAAUCCGGCGGCGGCGGCUGCCGCCUUCCCUCCUGCCCCUUCUGCCCCCGCUCCAGGUUUUCCCCCAGUCCCCACCACCAAGCGCUCUAGCUUCGACGAUGUGUUCGGUACAAGCAAUGUCCCCGCGCCUGCUGCCGUCGCCCCCGCCGCCGCAGUAGCCACCGCUCUCCCUACAAGCCACUCGGCCCAGUCCAGCGCACCGUCCCAUACCAUUUCCUUUGACGACGCGUUCGGUGCUGGUGUCGGCUCGACGGGGUCCUCUUCCCAUCUGCCCCAUGCCCCAGCACAAAACCUCACCGCUAGUACUUCCGGGCGAAGCAACGGCACCGCUAGCGGCUUCUCGUUCGAGGACGCCUUUGGGGGAACUGAUGACGCGCUCACCCUCGACUCCUCGUUCACGAGCACUGGAUCGGUUCCCCCGACCGGAUCGGCGGCCACGUCGACGAUCUCCGCCUCGGGCUUCCAGCCUCCAGCAGGCCCGCCACCGGGUCGGCAGCAGCAGCACGCGUUCCCGGCGGGGUCACCGGUGGGCUCGCCGCGAGGGUCGAGCUCGACCGCGCCGGGCGGCAGGAGAUCGUUGUCUCCAUCUGGAGGGCACCCCAGCCCACCUCCUAGGCACUCUUCUCCCCGUCCGAGGCCGUCGACCGCAGACUCGCAGAAGGAGGGCAAGGAGAAGGCCCCUCCGACCAGGAGUAACCGGCUCAGUAUCCGCUUGCCCUUCGGCCGCAAGAAAAAGCAGCACGACGCCCCGCCAGUACCUCAGCUGUCACAGCAGCUGAUCGUGGAGGACCCGACACCCGCAGUGGAAGACGACGUGGAGGCGGUGAAGACGCUCUGCGGCAUGGGCUUCAGCAGGACGCAGGCGGUGACGGCGCUCGAAGAACAUGGGUACGACGUCCAGAGGGCGCUCAAUAGCUUACUAGGUGCACAAUAA